CCCGUCAGCCUCAGGGUGACGUCACGCUGCGUCGCGUGCUACACAUUCUCUUUGUUUAGGUUAACGGUCCACAGCUCGAGCUAAAGCAUUGGUAGAAAAUAAGAGAUGAGCUGGUGUGCGCUGGAUGAGGAGAACUUCCGGCGCUGCUGUCAGCUCCUCUUGCAGCUGUCGGAUCGGCUGAGAGACGGCUGGAGCUGGGAGCCGGUCCAGGGUUCGGAGGAGGGCUACCUGAGGAAGACCUCUCUCAGGUCGGUUGUCCUCGACCCGAGCCCGAUGUGGGACCACGACGGAUCCGGUCCAGACUUGGAACCUAGCACUCCCUGUCAGUCCUGUACUGAUCAGCGGGGACGGGAGAAGGAAGAGUCUGGUCUUGUUGCCUCAGUGGAUACUGACAGCAUCAGCGCUGACGAGGAUGAUGAUGAUGAUGAUGAUGAUGAAGAUGACGGGGUCUGUACGGUGUCUGGAGGCAGCAGCCAGCUGAUCCAGUACGAGUAUCACAUCCUGCAUUCCUGCAGCUACGCUACUCCUGUGCUCUACUUCAGAGCCUUCACUCAGGAGGGGAGGAGCCUGUCCUUGGAGGAGGUUUGGAGUUCAGUCCACCCCAACUUCAGGCUUCGGCUUGAGAGCAGUCCUCUGAAUACGAUCACUCUGCAGGAGCAUCCUCUGCUGGGUCAGCCCUUCUUCAUGCUCCACCCCUGCAGGACAGAGGAGUUCAUGAGGCCCGUUCUGCAGGCGGCUCAGGACCAACACAGGCCAGUGAACUACGUGCUGUCAUGGCUCAGUGUUGUGGGUCCCGUGGUGGGUCUGGACGUCCCUCUGAAGUACUCCACCUUGCUCUGUCCUGCAGACUCGCCAGACUGAGGCUGUCGUCAUCACCGUGGAGUCUCUCUGUAAGGAGGCUGGAUUGUGAAACGGGCAACUGCCCCGUCGCCCGACAUCCCCUGAAGUCAAAGGGGUGGGGCAAAUUGGUGUGUUCAUUUAAUGGCAAUUUAAUUAGGCAAUAUACUAAAACACACACAAAAAGCGUAUCAUUGAGCUGUGUUUGUAGAAGGCCCUGUGUCAAAAACUGAGUUUUAAUACUUUUAGUGUUACUUAAGAUAUUAUGUGUACAUGGUGCAUAUUCCUAAAAGGACAUCUAUUGCCUCCACAUGGCUCUCAACAUGGCGAUUGCUGAGCUGCUGGUAAGAAGCUAACAGUCAUAACAGCGCUAACUUUGCAAACAACCCAAACAGUGCUUGCAGAGCUAAAAGUGUUUACUUGGGGUACACUCACAUGCACUGAUAUGCAAUAAAAGACUUUGCGGCAGGCCCGGUAAACAAAGCAUGGAAACAAAGGAGAGUGACUUUAUUCUCUGAUCAGGAGAUAACUACACUAUAUCUUUACUUAGAUGGUAUAUGCUUGCUGCUAUAUAAAUGCUCUGAAUAUUAUAAAGAGAACCUUUAAAAAAAACAAAUUAGUUUAAAUAUGUUUUGUAGGUGUCACCAAGUCUGUGACAUAUGCAAAACGAUGGCGUUCUCGUGUACGUAUAGGAUGUGAAUUUGACUUUUUGACUUGUUUUAUUCAUAGGAUGCAAUCUGAAAGCAUCUGAUAAUAAAUAUUUUUUUCA